GGCCAGUCGCUGACAAUGAUGGCAACUCUAGGAUAAGCCCCUGUUCAAUUAUUUAAUUUCCUUCUUUCUUUUGAUCACAGUCCCACUUAUACUCUCACCCCAUGAUCGCCAUCUCCGUCUUCAAUAAGCCCUUCUUACCAUUCGCCACAAAGAAGCAGAUCGUCCACCACUUCCAUUCCAAGCACUUUAUUCGAAUGGCUAAAUCAGGAGUGGAUGAGACAUCCGAGUCCGGUGCUUUUGUGAAAACUGCAUCAACAUUCCGUAAUUUUAUUUCAAAAGACCCAAACUCCCAAUUUCCAGCAGAAGCUGGAAGGUAUCAUCUGUACGUAUCAUAUGCUUGCCCAUGGGCUUCCAGGUGCCUUACAUACGUGAAGAUCAAAGGACUUGACAAGGCCAUCAGUUUCACGCCGGUCAAACCCAAGUGGGAAAGAACAAAGGAGACUGAUGAAUAUAUGGGAUGGGUUUUUCCUGCUUCAGAGACAGAGGAACCAGGGGCUAAACCUGAUCCAUUAAAUGGGGCAAAAAGCAUUAGAGAACUUUAUGAGCUUGCUAGUCCAAACUACUCUGGAAAGUACAGUGUCCCUGUACUGUGGGAUAAGAAACUCAAAACAAUUGUUAGCAAUGAGAGUGCAGAGAUAAUCCGCAUGCUAAAUACUGAGUUCAAUGAUAUAGCAGAGAAUGCAGCUUUGGAUCUUUAUCCUCCUCACUUGCAAGCAAAAAUUGAUGAGACUAAUGAAUGGGUAUAUCAUGGGAUAAACAAUGGUGUCUAUAGAUGUGGGUUUGCAAGGAAGCAGGAGCCUUAUGAAGAGGCUCUGAAAGAGGUGUUUGAAGCCUUGGAAAAAUGUGAGGAGAUACUUGGAAAGCAACGCUACAUAUGUGGCAACACACUGACUGAAGCAGAUAUUCGAUUGUUUGUCAGUCUCAUAAGAUUUGAUGAGGUUUAUGCUCUCCACUUCAAGUGUAACAAGAAACUGAUACGUGAGUACACAAAUCUGUUCAAUUACACCAAGGACAUUUUUCAACUCCCUGGCAUCAGUACUACGGUCAACAUUCAGCACGUCAAACGGCAUUACUAUGGAAGCCAUCCUACUAUCAAUCCAUUUGGCAUCAUUCCAAUUGGCCCAAAUACUGACUACUCUACCCCUCAUGGCAGAGAGAAGUUUUCUGCAUAGAUCGUGUGGAAUUGCAAACAAUUGUGUGUUGAAGUCAUAAGAGUUUUUCUUGAAGUAAACACCCCUGGGCUUCAUCUAUCCUGAGGGAAGGUAGAGUCUUGGAAAAUGUGUGUUCAAAUAAAGUUCAGAUGGAUGUGAGUGUGCUAUUCUAUAAACGUAUGUGCUUGGAAAAGAUGGUUUACCGGGAACUA